CUUUGACAUUAACUCAUCUUAAACUUUUCCAGUCUUUAAUUUGCCCUGUGUUUUUUUUAGGCCGAUAGAAGCUUUCUGACUGAUGACAACUGCCCCUGUGAAUGAAAGCAGGUUUAAAUGAUUGAAGUAUGUUUGAAUUAUAAUUGCAAUAUGUGAAACCCAGGGGUAACUGUCCUGCUCUUAAAAGUGAAGUCUUUUUUGUCGUUUUUUUUACACCUCAGGGUAAUUUUUUUCUUAAAAUGGUUUCUGCCAGGGGAAACACAUCCAUCAUCUUAAACUAAACCAAAGCAAGCCAUACAAAAAAGCCCCUUUUCCUCAGAAAUAGCUUUCUUUUUUAUAUGGAAUGGAUUAUGUAAAUAUAAAUUUGGUUAAUCUCAUUUUGUUGACUGCUCAGGUGAUUGCUUUUUUUUGUCUUUUUAGGGAGAAAGUACUCAUGUAAACACAUUUGGAAAAGCCAAAUCCACUUGAUAUAUGGCGGAAUCCUGCGACAGAGCAGUUUCCUUGACAACAGUCUCUCUGCCUCCUGGAAAUUGUUGACAAACCUUGGCCUAAGCUUGUGGUCAAAAUUUGAGGAGGAAGAAGAUUCUUCCCACCAUGUUUGCCUGUGAGACGUGGGGUAUCACUGGCCAAACCUCAGUCUACAAUUGGGAUAAAUCUGUCUAUCUCUUAGAAAAUAAAAUGGAGUCUAUACAGGGUUCACAGAAAGUGGAUCUCCAUUUUAAGGUGCUGCUUGAGCAGGAGAUGUAUCCAGAGAUCACAAUUGAGGAGGAGGAAGAGCCUGACGAAGUAGAAGUAGAUGCUGAAGGGGGGGCAGAUGAAGAGGAAGAAGAGGAAGAGAGGGGAGAGGAGGAGGAGGAAGAAGAGGAGGAGGAGGAUGAAGAGGAGGAGGAGGAGGAGGAGGAGGGAGAAGGGGAUGAGGAGGAGGAGGAGGAGGAGGCACAUCCACAAGAUCCUCAGCAAGAGGCAAUGGGAGCAGUUAAUGGAGAUGACUCCCUGUUUGUGGUGUGUACUGGAACAGUUGAAGAGCUGCUAGGCUUAGAGGCAUCACUAACUGCUGAAUCAGUGCAGCUAGAGGCAGCACAACCUCAGCGCUGGGAGGUCCAGUGGGAGGAGGUGUCCCAAACUUCACAGCCUUUUCUUCCUGAAAUUAUAGAAUCACCAUUAAUAUCACCAGAAGCAGCCACCUCCAAUAUCACUCAGGUAGUGGAAGUCGCUGCAGCAGAGGUAGAACUGGACACCUUCCCAACUAUGGAGCAACUGGGGAAUACUUCAUCUUCAUGGGGAGCAUCUUUCAUUGAAGAGAGCCACCAGGACCUUCAACGCUCCCCAGCUAGUGCAGAUAGAGGGAGUACUGGCAAAGCACGGACACCUAUAUCUGGAGGAGGCAGUUUCAGCCUGGAGACUGCCCGCCGGCGCUUCCGGCAGUUCUGUUACCAGGACACUGAGGGUCCACGAAAGGCAUGUGGUCAGCUAUGGGAGCUCUGCAAUCACUGGCUGAAGCCAAAGAACCGUACUAAGGAACAGAUUCUUGAUGUUCUGAUCUUAGAACAGUUCCUAGCCGUUCUCCCUCCUGGAAUCCGAAGUCGGGUAUGGGAGUGUAGCCCGGAGACUUGUGCACGGGCCGUGGCCCUAGCGGAGGAGUUCCUAGCCAAGCAAAAUGAAGCAGAAAGACCAGAAGAGGAGGAUUUUUACUUAUUUGAGGAAGUAGUGGUGGCAUUUCCUAAUGGAGACCAAGUCCUUUCAAAUACUGAGCAUGGAGAUAUAUGCAUGGAAACUGGACAACGGGAUGAUGUAGAUAUAUGUUUGCUUGGUUCUUCUGACUCAGAAGCCACCUGGGAUUCUUCUGCAGAUGAUGGAAGAGAAAGAGGAGGAGGUUCAGCAGGUGGCCAGACUCCCAACAGAGCAGAUCCUCAGAUGGGAUUUGGAGAAAAAUCCAACGGAGCAGUGCCGCAAAUGGCUCCGAAGAGGAUACGGAUAAGAGAGAAACGCCACCCUUGCAUUGAAUGCGGAAAGCGAUUCCGCUGCCAGUCAGAAUUGGCCCUUCAUCAAAAAGUCCACACCCGGCCCAAAUCCUAUAACUGCACUGAGUGUGGAAAACAAUUUGGUCGAUCCUCACACCUUACCAGGCAUCAGAAAACCCACAUGGGUGAGGAAUGUCAUGUCUGCACCGAAUGUGGCAAGCGAUUCCGCUGGUCAACAGAGCUAACCAUCCACCAGAGGAUCCAUGACACGGAACAGCCACACUACACCAUGGAUGCUGACACUUUGCUUCAUUGGCCCUCUGAGUUUAAUACAACCGAGAAUAUUUUGACAGGUGAGAAAGCACCUCCCAAUGGUGAUAUGAUAAAAACUCAUACUGUCAAGAAACCUCAUCUUUGUCCCGAAUGCGGAAAAGGGUUCCGGUGGCCCUCUGAACUCGCCACUCAUCAGAAAACUCACAACAAGAACAAACACUACCUCUGCCCUGAGUGCGGGAAAGGAUUCCAGUGGCCCUCGGAGCUGAUGGCCCAUCAGAGGAGCCAUGCAGGCAACAGUUUGUCUCCCAUUGCUGAUUGUGAGAACAGCAAUAGCCAACCACCUCAUCCCCCUCACCUGGGAGCUGGCAUGACGGAGAAACGCCAUCUUUGUGGAGAAUGUGGCAAGGCGUUCCGAUGGCCGUCCGAACUCGCCACACACCAACGUAUUCACACAGGAGAGAAGCGCUACUUCUGCACUGAGUGUGGGAAGGGGUUCAUAUGGCCUUCAGAGCUGGCCGCUCACCAGCGAACCCACACUGAGAAGCAAGCUUACCAGUGCUUGGAGUGUGGGGAAAUAUUCCAUGAUCUCUACGGUCUCACGAGACACCAGAAGACCCACCUGGCAACCAAGGUCUAUCCUUGCACUGAGUGCGGGAAAACCUUCAGUCGGCAAUCUCAUCUGACUCGGCAUCAGAUCACUCACACUGGCGAGAGACCCUAUCCUUGUACAGAAUGCGGAAAGCGGUUUGGACGACAGUCGCAUCUCACUCGGCAUCUAAGAAUUCACACCGGUGAGAGACCCUAUCAGUGUGGUGAGUGCGGAGUGAGGUUUAGGCGGAGACACAGUAUGAUGUACCAUCAGCGGAUCCACUUGAGAGAGGCCAGUGGAGGUCGGGACAUGAUAAACCCUCCUAAUGCAGAAAGCCUUACCGAUCCUCUCCAGAAUCCUAUCCACAUCACAAUUUGACAUGGGUUGGUAGGGAAGUAAUUUCACAAGGAACGUGUGAUGAGUGAGUGGGACAAUUUGAUCACCACAUCUGGAAGAGAUUCCAGUGGUUGUAUUAUUUCACCAGGGUUUGUAUCACAGGCAGGGUCCAAGAGGCACACGUUUCAGGGUUCCAUACAGCCUGACAGACAAUACUAGCACAGGGCCUAUGAAUUGGGUAAACGCUGCAAAGGAUUCUGGGACAAAAUGCCCACAUUCUUCUCUGGCUAUAUGUUGCUUUGUAGUUGGGCUGAAAAACAGGGCUUCCCCCAGAAACAGAUCUGGUAAUUUGGUGGCCAGGUUAGCCCCGUGGUCCUAAUUUUAGAUUUGGCCCCUGCAGAGCUUUUGUGGCAGGAAAGAAACAUUUGAUAACCAGGAUGUGUAACCCCUUUGCUAUUCUUAGCAGGCAGAGCAGUGUUUGUUCCCAUGGUUGUGGUGGGGUGUUAGAUAGAAUCUGUUUUCUCACUUUCUUCACUUUUUCUUUCUGUGGCACAAAUGUGGUCAAAUCAGGAUUGUUGUGAUUAGAGGACUCUGUAGGGCCAAGUUGUUCCUUGCAGGGCAGGGCAUUCUUUGUUUUUGCAUUAUUCAUAUGUAGAAAUAAAUCAGUAAUACUUUUCCCACUCAUAUGCUGUGGCAGUGGGGAAAGCUGAUCUUUCCCACUUUAAAAAAUAAUAAUAUAAUAAUAGAAACCUCUUAUGCGCAAGAGUCUGAUUUGGAACAAAAUCCAACAAUCUAUUACUUCAGUGGCAAUUCAUUUCUAUCAAUCCUAUCAAGGAAAAGAAAUCAGCUGAUCAAUCUAGAUUUUGCAAAACAAUAUGGCAGUAUCCAAAGAUACUUUCUCUGAGAUAACUUUCACUCUCCACGGCACUUCUGUUUUUCCUCUCCUCUUUUCUUGGGAUAUCUUGGGUGAAAUUUCCUUCCUUCCCUGGGGGCCAAAUUACUUAUUUUUUAAAAAUAAAUAAGACAGCAUUUGGGCCUUCAGAGCAGUGAUUCUCAACCAUGGCAAAUUUCAGGUAUGUGGAUUUCAACUCCCAGAAUGUUGGCAUGUUGGGUGGAAAAUUCUGGGAAUUGAAAUCCACACAUCUGAAAUUUACCAAGGUUGAGAAACUCUGCUUUAGAGAAAAAAGAAUAGACAUCUACUUUUACUAGAUUGCUAUAGCGUUCCCCCACCUGGGACUCUGCAGAUGUCUAGAAUUGCAUUUUGUUUUAUCCUUAGCCACCACAGUCAUGCUUUUGGGGUGAUGUGAGUUGUAAUCCAGCAUGUAGAAAGAUAGCAGAUGUAGACAAGCUGGACCAUUAUUUAUUUUAUUUUUUGAAAGUAUCAGGUUUUUUUUAAUCAUGUAAGUAAGGCCUUGAAUUAAAACAACUAUAUUGCAGUACAGUAAAAUCACUACAAAAUAACAGCUGGACCAAGCUGUUGUUUCACAAUCAAAUUAUCAGAGUUGAUGAAAGGCUCUAAAACCUACAGUAUUUCUAAGAUGUCAUGAGGAAUGACAAUAUCCACACAGCCUCCACUGGAUGGAGAUCCAGAGUGAUGGCUCUUAUGAGAAAAUAAUUUUGUUUUGUACCUCCAACGUAGCCUCUUGAUGGAGGAAUGUAAUCCAGCACAUAGAAAGAUAGCAGCUGCAGGAAAACUGCACUAUUAUUUAUUUAUCAUUAUUUUUUGAAAGUAUUUAUCAGCAGAGGGGGUUUUUUUUUGGUUGAAAUCCAGUAAGGGCUUGAAUUAAGACAAACCACAUUACAGUACAGUAAAAUCACUA